AUGUUGUCGCUAAUUUAUCUAUGUAUUUUUCUAGUUGGAGGUAAGAUAUUAUAUAACAACUUCUUGCAAGAAACUUGUAUAUAAAAUAAAAAUUUUUUUCAGUUGUUCAAUGUGGUGAAGGUGGCGGUAAUUGGGGUUAUGAGCCACACAAUGGACCAGACCAUUGGCAAGGUGAUUGCCAAAAUCAUUUACGACAGGUUGGUUUUUGUUAGACACAGCUGUUAUUGCUAAGCGUUUGAUUAAUUGAGCGCAUCAAUUUUAAAACAUUUGACAUGUUCCGACCUUUUGUUUAGAAAAAGAAAAGUGAUUAUAAUUUUAUGGGAUAUUUGGCACCGGUGAGAUAAACAACGUCCUUUGAUUUGUAAUAGAUCAGGAUCAACAAAUUAGUUGGGAGAAUUUAGUGAUAUUAGAAAACAGCAAUUAAAUAUGAGAUGAAUUAUUUAGGUGUUAGAAAAUUUGGUGAUUAAGUUCAACUCAACAAAUAUUUAGCAAGAAAAACCAACUUUAAAAUCAUCAUGAGGAUAUUUAUCAACAAACAAAACGGUUUUUGUCAAAACAUGAAACUUCUUGAGCAAACAGACAUAGUCUUAAACAAAGAUCAUAUUUUCAAAAAUUCUUAACCAGUUAGGUUGUAACAUAACUUGAUUUUCUCAAGAGACCGAGGUUUUGAAGUUAAUUUUGAAAUAACACUGAACUUGAAUUAGUUUAUAUUCGGAUUGGAACAAUAUUUUUUGCUAACAGAGUCAAAGCUGAAACCAGCUGUUAAUAUCCGACUUCUUUUUUCCCACAAUAACUUUAUUAUCUCAUAUUCCAGAGUCCAAUUGACAUCCGGGCUCCAGAUGUUGAUUAUGCUCUUCUCCAUCGUUUGUAUUUUAUGAAUUUCGAACAUGCUGGUCAUAUUGAGUUUUCAAAUAAUGGAAAAACACGUAAGCUGGGAAUUCUUCAAAAAUUAUCAGAAUACUCUUUGAUUUUCAGUUGUUGGUGGUGGAUUUGAUAAAUGGGGUCAAAAACAACCAUUCAUUCAAAGCGGCGGUUUGAAUCAUCGUUACAAAUUGCAUUCAUUCCAUUUACAUUGGGGAGGUCACGAUUCAGUUGGAUCAGAGCACGCGAUCGGAGGUCUUCAUUAUCCAGCGGAACUUCACAUGGUUCAUAUAAGAGAGGGUUUGUCACUUGGAGAAGCUGUAACUCGACCAGAUGGAAUUGCUGUUGUUGGUGUGUUUUUGGCUAAAACAAAUGAUCCAAUUGCAAAUCGAAUGAAUAUUAUUUCGGAUGUUUUUGGAAAAGUUAAACAUACGGGUUCGUUGUUUCGCUGCGCAAUAAUUUUUCAGAAAAAUAAAAAAAUUUGUUUUUGUUCCAGGUAACAAAACAGAAAUUUCAAGUUUCAAAACAAAUUAUUUGUUGCCAGCUGUGACUGAAGCAUUUUAUAGAUAUGAAGGAAGUUUAACUACACCAACAUGUAGUGAAGCAGUUAUUUGGACACUUUUAGCUGAGCCAAUUGCUAUUUCCAGCCACCAGGUUUGUUUUUUAGUUUUAAUUGUCUAUGAUGUAGAAUUGAAAUUCUCAACUCAACUCACCUCAAUUAUUUAUUCGUAUUAUAGCUCCACCUCCUCCGUGAUAUUCACAACUACGCCAACAAAAAAACUGAAAUAAAUUACCGACCACUUCAAGCAUUGAACGGUCGAAGAAUUCAAUAUCGACCAAGUAAAUUAGAUCGCUCAAUGAUUUGUUCUGCUGAAAAACUCUCAAUGGUUAUCCCAGCUUUAGUUAUGAUGGCGAAAUUUUUCUAA